AUGACCUGGAAUGAAGCCCAGAGCUACUGCAGGGAGAACAAUGUGGACCUGGUGUCUGUCUACAGUGAGGAGAUCCAGAACUGGGUGGAGAGGAUGGUUAGAAGUGCCACCAGUUCCCAUGUGUGGUUGGGUCUGCGCUUCUCCUGCAGAUUGAAACUCUGGUUCUGGGUCACCGGAAGCGUGGCCUGCUACCAGAACUGGGUUCCGGGUAACGGGAGUGGAGCUGGACACUGUGGGAACACUGGGGCUGUCCAAUCUGGAGGAGGACAUCAGUGGGUCAGUCUGCCUGAGACUCAGAAGCUCAACUUCAUCUGCUCCAAAUAG